UCCUGCUCGCAAGAUGGCGGCGCCCGCUGAGGGCCGGUUCCGCACGCGGGACGUGCUGCUGCCCGGCGGCCCGUCUGACUUCGGGUCGCUGCUGCUGUCGCCGCCGGUGCUGGCGGGACUGGAGGCGGCUGGGUUCCACAGGCCGUCGCCCGUCCAGCUGAAGGCCAUCCCGCUGGGGCGCUGCGGGCUGGAUCUCAUCGUGCAGGCCAAGUCCGGCACCGGUAAAACGUGCGUCUUCUCCACCAUCGCUCUGGACGCGCUGCUGCUGGACAGCCCGGCCACGCAGGUUCUUAUCUUGGCUCCCACACGAGAGAUCGCUGUACAGAUUCAUGCUGUUAUCACAACAAUUGGGAUAAAAAUGGAAGGUUUGGAAUGCCAUGUCUUCAUUGGAGGUACUCCUUUGAGCCAGGACAAAGUCAGACUAAAGAAAUGCCACAUAGCAGUUGGCUCUCCAGGUCGCAUAAAACAGCUCAUAGAGUUGGACUACUUGAAUACUGCCAGUAUCCGGCUCUUCAUUCUUGAUGAAGCAGACAAGCUUCUGGAAGAAGGCAGCUUUCAGGAACAAAUCAAUUGGAUUUACUCUUCUCUGCCAGCCAAUAAACAGAUGCUUGCUGUUUCAGCUACUUACCCUGAAUCGUUAGCUAAUGCUUUGACAAUGUACAUGAGAGAACCAACGUUUGUGAGGUUGAAUCCUACUGAUCCAAGUCUCAUUGGGUUGAAGCAGUAUUACAAAAUUGUGAAUUCCCAUCCACUUCCACAUAAAACAUUUGAGGAAAAAACCCAGCACCUACAAGAGUUGUUCAGCAAGAUUCCAUUUAAUCAAGCAUUAGUCUUCUCAAAUUUGCAUAGCAGGGCUCAGCAUCUAGCUGAAAUACUGACAUCCAGAGGCUUUCCUGCUGAGUGCAUUUCAGGCAGCAUGAAUCAAAGCCAGCGGCUUGAUGCUAUGGCUAAACUAAAGCAAUUCCACUGUAGAGUUCUGAUUUCUACAGACUUGACAUCUCGUGGAAUCGAUGCUGAAAAAGUGAAUCUGGUCAUCAAUCUGGAUGUCCCUGUAGACUGGGAAACAUACAUGCAUCGUAUUGGCAGAGCUGGGCGCUUUGGAACUUUGGGCUUAUCUGUGACAUACUGCUGCCGUGGAGAGGAAGAAAACAUGAUGAUGAAAAUUGCUCAGAAAUGUAACUUGCAGCUUCUUCCUUUACCUGAGCCUAUUCCUCCUGGAAUGAUGGAUCAGUUUGACGACUGGGAGGUUGAAGUCAAACCUGUUGUAUACACAGGUGCUUCUGUAAAUUCUGACACUGUGUGUCUUAAACCAGAAGAACCAGUACUUCAGCCUGUCCAAAAUAAUUCUGCAGAGGUACCUCAGCCUCAUUCUAACCUUCCAGUUGGUAAUUCUUCUGUAGAGAAGCCAAAAAAUGCUUUGGAACAAAAGCUGGUGAAAAAGCACACAAAUUCUGCUAAGGUGGAAAAAAGCAGCAGAAACUCCAAAACCUCCAGCUGCAAUACAAAGCAGAAGAAUCAAGUAGAAACUGUCUCCAGAAUGGCUGGGCAGAGUAACACAGAGGUUCCAGAUGAGGAAGCCUUAAAAAGAAAUCUGCCCAGAAUUCCGUGCUUAUCAUCUUUCAAAAACCAACAGAACAGUCCCUGGAACUUCUCAGAGUUUGUUGAAGAUUAUGAGUACUUUAUUAAAGAAGGGUUGGAGAGAGAUGUUGAAAUUUUAAGAAGCUUUUCAGGCCCAGGAGAUCAACGUGAACUCCCCAGAAAUGGUGGUAUAGAGUGGAAAGAGGUGGAAUGUAAUAGAGACACAGUAGCAAAUGAUGUUCUGUCUGAUGACAGUGAUGCUUCAUACAUUUCAAGGGCUUCCUCUCACGGUAGUGAAAAUAACUCUUGCUUUGAAGCAUUUUCAGACAGGCAGGCAAAAAAUGCUGUCCCCACUGCCUGUCAGGGUCUUACAGGCUUCUGUCCCACACCAGGGAAGCUGAAGGAGCUAUCACAAGUCCCAAAGCAAAAUCAGGUGAAAAAGAAAGCUCUGAAACAAAAUGCCAAAGAAAAGAAAAAACAUUCCCAUCAGUACCCUAAUCCUGCACCAAGGAAAACUGGAGAUGACUGCUCCUGUGGCUCUUGGGAUGAUGGUGUUACUGGCUUUCCUCAUGAGGCGUGGAGUUACGAAGACUACUGGAAAUCUUACUAUCAAGCAUGGCAGAACUACUAUGCUGCAGUUUCUCACUUUCACUACAGGAGAAGUUACAGGCACCUGAUGUGGAUGAAUGCUUAUGUCAACUCAGUCUACUUUCAGGAACUGCUGGAAAGUGGUGAUUAAUGUACUGACACUGUUUAAGUGAAGUAAACUACUGUCUGUUUUCAUAAGCAGGCUGUGUCUAGGUAAAUGUUUUAUAUGCAUUCCAGCAGUGGUGUUACAAGUUGUUAAUAAAAUGAAAUGGCAGACUA